CUUCUCCUUCUCAUCGUCUUCUCUCUCUGGUCAGACUCGUCGGCGUUUCGACGUCUCCUCGAAAACCCUAACCCUAAUCCCAAAUCUCUCUUCACUUCGAUUCUUCAUCAUCAAUCCUUCGAUUUCGAUUUGGACGAUAAUGGAAGCGGCAGCCUCUCUCCGAUACGCCCCCAAUUUCUUCGCCGCUUCGAAUUUCGUCUCCAAAUCGCGAGUUCUCGCUUCUCUUGGCCAUGCCCAACCUCUCAAGGAUCGGAGAUCGAUUUCUCUAACUAGCAAUCAGGGAUGGAGGCAAAGGAGGCCGAUUCCUAUGAGGAGAAGCUUGAGAAUCCGAGCAUCGUCGGAGUCCGGCGAUGGUCCUUUGGCUCCGAUUGCUCCUCUUCAGCUCGAGUCCCCUGUCGGGCAGUUGCUCUCCCAGAUCCUCGUCUCUCAUCCUCACCUCCUCCCCGCUACCGUCGACCAGCAGCUGCACCAGCUCCAGUCCGAUCGUGACGCCGAGAAGCUCAAGAAUGAUCCCUCCCCUUCGUCCUCAUCCGGCACCGACCUCGUUCUCUACCGGAGGAUCGCUGAGGUGAAAGCCAGCGAGAGAAGGAGAGCUCUAGAGGAAAUCCUAUACAUGAUGAUCGUCCAGAAAUUCAUGGACGCUGGUGUUCCACUUGUGCCGGCGUUGUCCCAAGGUCGACCCUCUCCCCAAUCCGGCAAGGUCGAUCACUGGUCAUCGGAGGAGAAUAAGCUCCAGCAGCUCCACUCGCCGGAAGCCUAUGAGAUGAUCAAGAAUCACUUGACUCUCAUUCUAGGGCAACGAUUGGAGGACUCCAAUGCCAUUGCUCCCAUUAGCAAGCUCCGCGUUGGUCAAGUCUACGCAGCUUCGAUCAUGUAUGGCUACUUCUUGAAGAGAGUCGACCAGAGGUUCCAGCUCGAGAAGUCCAUGAAGACAUUGCCUUUGAAUUCACCAGCGGAAGCCGAGGCUUUGGCCAAUGCUCCUCCGGCUUUCCCAUUCCCAGCCGAAGGGAUUGAGGAUCGGGUAAAGCCAUGCAAGCUGAGAUCCUAUGUGAUGGCAUUAGAUGCGGAGACAUUGCAGAGAUACGCCACCAUUCGAUCCAAGGAGGCAUUCGGCAUCAUUGAGAAGCACACAGAGGCGCUGUUUGGGCGCCCUGAGAUUGUCAUCACGCCAGAGGGCGCCAUUGAUUCAUCGAAGGAUGAGCUCAUCAAGAUAAGCUUUGCUGGCCUGAAGAGGCUCAUUCUUGAAGCUGUGACCUUUGGCUCUUUCUUGUGGGACGUUGAGAGCUAUGUUGAUUCCAGGUACCACUUUGCUGCUAAUUAAUUGCUCUUUGUUGUCUUCAAAAUUCUAAAUGUGAUUGGAUACUUAUUGAGAACUUGUUGUUGAUUGAACUCUCUGUCAAGAACUUUUAUGCUUGAUUUAGUGAUAGUAUGAUAAAGGAAAAAGAAGAUAUGUAGCCAAGUUUCCAUCUUGUGUGUAUUUGCUAUUACUGUGA